GGGCCACUGCGGCAUUCCAAAGCGGCACUGCAGGAGGGGUUAGGCCACGCCGCGCUGCUUGCCGUGCUUUAUUUUUUUCGUUUUUUGGUUGUCGCGCGAAAGCAAGAGGAAGACGAAGAAGCGCAAGGCGCGACCGGCCUCCCCCUCCUCAAAAAACGCCGGCAGCGUCAAAACUGCGUGCUCAGGACACCGGCGAGAACACCGGCGAACUCCCAGCUCGAUCUCAGCGGUCGACACCACUGCCGCAUGGACAAGGCUAGCGCCGCGGAAGUGUCCCAGCCGAGUGCCGCCCAGACAGCAGCGAGAAGCGACGAUACAGCAGCAGCCGCAGCUAGUGCCAAGCCUACGACGACUGCAGCCGACCAAGCACAAAUACAUCAUGACCCCCUCCAGAAGACAGCGGACGCCGCUUCCGCCCAGGUCGCCGCGAGCGGAGCGACUCAGGAACCGGCGAAGCCUUCACCACCGCAGGAGGCAGUCGGCGAGUCUGGUAGGACUGCACCGGAACCAUCAGUGAGUGCUGCCGGAGGGGGCGAAAAGCCAGUGUCCCCGGCGAAGAGCCCUUCGCUGGACGAGAAGAAAUCGUCCGGCGACGUCCCGAGCACAUAUCCCGAGCCAGACAGAGUCUCCACCGAAGUGCCAGUAAAGAAGCCUGUGAUGGAGGACAAAACGGAACGAGCGGGACCAGAAAAGGAAUCGCAUGAGGUGUCUCCGGCGGCCCCGGUGGCCGAUCGAGACGGUGCAGUGCCUUCGCAAGAGAAACAGCAAAAGCAAGCCGAAAGUGAUAGUAGCUUGGCUAAGGAACCUGCCAAAAAAGUAGAAGCAGUGAAAGACGGCGCGAACGACAAGCAGACGCAAGCCGAUCAGAAAUCUCAUGAAACGGCAGAAGAAAAGCCCGGUGCCAAAAGUGCCGACGCUACCGUGGUGGCAGGUGCGACUCACGAAGAAAAGCGACAGGCGGAAGCCAGUAGCGGAGCCUCGGAUGCGGCACCAAGCGAACAGACAAAAGCCACCUCGAGCGCUACAGAGGCAGGCGUAGGCAAGGCGGAGAACGCGAAGCCACCUCAGGCGGCGGGGUUGUCCCCCGAGACGUGUAAAUCUGUCGCGGACGCCGGCACUAAACCUCCGCAGGAACAUGCGAGUCCCAGCGGGGACGCCGCGAGUUUACAACCCGCCACGAAUGACGCUGAAGAUGCUAAACAGCCCACCCCGGACGACACGAGGCCCGAAUCUUCCAUUCCCCCACCGCCAGUAUACGAGGCGCCAUCAAGGACUAGCUCGGGAAAGGAUGAACCGAAACAGCCGCAGGAAGCUGGGGAGGACAAACGGCAAAAAGCCCAAACGCCAGAACCACCGGCGGAAAGGCUAAAGGGCAACGGUCCUGUGGUGGCGACGGAACUGCAGGAAGUGGCCGAAUCCAUUAUGCCAACGACGGCGUGCCACACUGGCACGGUUGAGACGGCCUACCCCGACGCAAUACGGAAAGAGUCCGCGCCCAGGGAAGCGUACUCCAGCGGCGCCAGCGCAUUAAACGAUCUAUUAGACGAGGAAGCAAUCAAGGCGCAGUUAUACCCCAGCGAGGUAGAAGUCUCUGCUCCAACGAAAGGGGAAGAAACGAAAGCAGAGGAAACCAAAAGACCACAGUCCUCAGCAAACGAGGCCGAGAAGAGUGCCGGCGACGGUCAUCCGAGUCCCACUGUGCCAGAAACAAAGCCAGACGCCAAAACAAACGCAAAGCACGAAGAAGCGCGUGAUGAAUCUCGAGUUGCUAGCGGUGCUGAUGAGAAAGCAGGCGAUCGGGAAGAAGCGUCAGUGACGCAAGCUUCCCAGGAAGAAACGGUUAUAGUUAGCAAAGAGGUCACCAAGGAAGAGAAGCCUGACAAGGUAGAGUCAGAAGUACAUCCCUCUGUUCCCACGACGAAACAAAUAGAAGCACCUGAAAAAGAAGAUAAAGCAGCCGGUAAAGUCGAAAAAGUCGAUGAGCCCCAGAAUCAAGUGGACACGACGUCAAGUGAAAAGCCCGAAGCCGCUCCUCAGGAAAGCAAGGUUGCUGAAACGGCUCCGGCAAAGGAUAGUGUCGAACAAAAGGAGGAGAAGACGAAAGAAGCCGCCACAGAGGAGAAGCAAGAGAAAAAAACUGAAGGAAAAGUCGAGACGGUCGCCAAGGACGAUCACACUAAAGAGGUAGCUCCUUGCGACGCCGCACAGAAGCCCAGCGAGCCUGCUCCGGCGAAGGAAGAAGCCACGCAAGUUCACGGUGUCGCGGCAGAGAGUGACAAGCCGUCGAAGGAAGCGGAACGCGCUCACGAUGAUGAGGCAGAAAAGGAGACGUCCAAACCUGCGGCUUCUCCUGAACCGGGCGUCAGUGAGAAAGUACCAACACAGGAAACCGGAGAAACCGUAUUGAAAGCAAAAGAAGCGGAUGAGAACGUGCCAAAGGAGGUAGGGCGGGGACCAGAGGAGCUCGACGUUCAAGAGCUCCCUCCUGAAGAGUCAGAAAAAAAAGACGAAAUUAAAACAAACGAAGAAGCCGCGAAGCCAGCAGUUACAGAAGCCGUUUCAGAGCCAGAGAACAAAGAAGGAGAAAGUAAGCCCGAGGAAGGCGAGCCGGUGGAAAAGCCAGUGUCCAGGGCUCCAGAAGGAGCUACUCAAGACGAAGCUUCCACCGCAGCUGAAUCUCAAGAAGGCGUUCCAGAAGUGACCAAAGACAAAGCGGAAGUUUCUGAGGAAGCAAUAGUGAAGACAGAUGAAGUUCCCGUUACUACAGCAGUCAAGGAGGAAGCGGAACAACCAGAGCCUACGGAUGAAGGCAAACGAGAAAAGGCAGAAGAGGAAGUACCCGAGUCUGGUGACAAUGCAUCAGUAGAAGCAGCAACAAAGAGUGAAGCUGGUGAAAAAGAAGGUGAGAAGCCAAGCAGUGACUUGCCAGCGAGUACGGACGAAGCGACGGAACAGCAACCAAAGGGCGAAGGUGGUGAAGAAGCAGUCACUGCCGCCGAAGCUGAACCGCAAGCUACGGACGAAGAAAAGAAAGAUUCCGAACCUGCCGAAGAAAGUGAAAAGCCAGCGGUUGAAGCAGCGUCCGAGGCAAAGACCGAAGAAACCACGGACGGGGCAGCUCCUUCCGAACUCGAACCAGCUCCGCCUGCAGAAGCAGUGAAAAAGAAGACCGGCUUGCCCAAGUCGCCGUCCAAGCGUGCGACGGGCAAAGGUCCGCCCAGGACUCUCGACAAAAAAGAGCCUUCUGCAGCAGCGGACGCAAAGGCCAAGACGCCCAGCUCUCCCAAGAAGCCCAGCAGCAUUCAGGAAAAGGGCGGACCAUCGCCUAAGAAGACUGCGCCCACCAAGAAUGGCGUCACCUCCCCAUCGAAGACGGCAAGGACACCUGGCUCCGAGCAGAAAAAACUGCCUCCGAUCAAGGCUCCUGUGGGACAGGCACCGAAGCCCGACCUGAAGAACGUGCGCUCCAAGAUUGGCUCGCUGGACAACAUCAAGCACAAGCCUAAAGGCGGUGAAGUCAGGGUGACGACGCAGAAGCUGGAAUGGCGAGCCGCGCCGAAAGUAGGCUCUUUGGACAACGCGGCUCACAAGCCGGGAGGCGGAGACAAGAAGAUACUCUCACAAAAGCUUGAGUUCAAGGCACAGUCGAAGGUCGGGUCGCUGGACAACGUCGACCACAAGCCGGCCGGUGGCCAAGUCAAGGUGGAGACUCAGAAGUUGGACUUCAAGGACAAGGCGUCGUCCAAGGUUGGCUCCUUGGACAACGUCAAGCACAAAGCGGGCGGCGGCAAUGUAAAGAUCUUGUCGGAGAAGCUCGAGUUCAAGGAAAGGGCAGCUUCGAAGAUUGGCUCCUUACCAGCCUCGGACGCGGGAAGCACAAGAGGCUCGGAAUCGCUAAGUCCCACAAACCUGACCAGUCCCCACCCAGCGCAGUCGCAGCAGAGCCAGGAGGACGACGUUGCUGCCAAUGGCCACGAGUCGGACAUCUCUCCCACCAAGGAGGAAGUGGCAGCGCCAUCCAGCGGCGUGCCUGCGUCGGCGCCGCCCCCUGAAGUGGCCCAGUGUUGAUCCGCCGUCGAGUGACCCGCAGGGGGAGACUAUUGUAGAGACCGCGCGGAAAUUGCUCGUGGCCCACGCAAGCUAGCAGUGUUUCCCAUCUGCACCAAUGUUCGCUGAGCAGGCGCGCCAUCGUUUGCCAAAUCCUUUCUGCCGGGCGAUCUUCCUUGUCGGAGCCUGCGGAAGUAUAGCAGCCUACACACGCGCGAAUGCUUGGCACAAACCCAUCAGUGGGUGUACGUUUUCAAGAUCAAAUCAUAGGCGGGACUGCCAAUGCUUUGCUGGAACUAAGAGGACGGCGUAUGAAACUUAUCGCGGCUGCGUUUUGCCAAUGAGAAAGAGUAGCGUUACAAGCGUUGUUCAAUAGCACGCACACUUUGUCACCUCGACGGACGGGCGUCAUAGGAAACGUGCAAUAUACUCGAAAAAAUUGCCGUUGACAGGGUAUGUUACCCAGUGUGACUGCUUUAUGAGAAGCGCGGUAUCGACAAAGCGAUCGCCUGUUGAGUCUGGGGGCGUAUGAUAAAGGCUGUUGAAGCCAUAUCGCAAGAACUGUGCCACGUUAGGUCUGUCUUGUAAGUGUAGGAGGGAACGUGAUAAGCGGCAACGUUGGACCAAGGCGUUGUAGGCCCUUAGAGCACUUUUCUCAAUUACAAAAAAAAAUACCCCUCGGAAGACUACUUCUAAAUAGUCACUUUCUCCAACAAGAACGCUAUAAUUGCAAUUGCAGCUUAUAAGAGAGAACAAUGUCAUAUUAGCGCUGUGACGAUCGUAUGUAACAUACCCUACGCACAAUAUUUGCGCACAUUUAUGGAAGUCAUCCGUGAGGAAGGUAUAGGGUUGCAGCGUAUCAAAGACGCCCUGAAUAUAACAGUGGAACUGACGGGGAUCGCAUUACCUUUGUAUGAGAUAAGAUUCGGUAUCACGCAAAGAGGGAAGCUUUUCGAGGUACGCGAUGAUUCCACGAAGUUGUCUCGCAGAAAUAUGCGUGGACGCUAAUAAAACGCGAUCAGUUCGUUGAAAUGCCAAUUUUUAGUCCAUCCGAAGACCAGGAAGGUUUUUAAUCGUUUCAUAAGCACAUAUGCCUCCGUGCAAUUGCUUAUAGACCAGAUAUUUCAUAGGGAACGAAACGCUUACAAAAGCAGUGGUGACAUGACUACUCAUGAGAGAACAGUGCGAUAAGUGAGAACCUGCCAGAACGUGUGGCCACGAGCAUUUCUGGAUAAGCAACUGGAUGAUGGACAUAGCCGAACAGACAAGCGCCAUUCUAUAUAACAAAGUACACCCGUUCUUUUUCCCCGUCUCCGCGAGUCAGAUAAGCGGUACUAAUUUCUCGUCUUUCCAUAGAAAAAAAAACGCAUAAAGUCGUGUUCCGUGCAUGUAACAGACUUGAACAUGUUCUCCCCUAAUGUUCCCACACGACUUCCUCCUUUCUAUUUCCGUGAAGGAUUAUUCUGUGCACGCCCCGAUUUCGAGGUGCGCAACCUUUUUUCAGGUGCCAUAAGGCUCGGCGUGGCUUGUAAAACUGGAGAAAGGAAGAAAGAAGCGCCAUACUAUUUCAUCUCCUCCUGAUAACACAACUUUACACUUAUAGACAAUGUUAAACAGGCGCAUUCAACAAGCUGGCAUACUAUUACCAAGAAACUCAGGCGGAACUCCUCAAUGUAAACUGCGGCAUGCCAGGAGGCGUUUCCAAUGAAACGAUACGGCUUCGUGUUAGAGUAUCAGAUCUUCAGUAAUUUCCAAGAACCUGACAACCCCGCGUGGUUCCUCGUGUUUCCUAACGAAUGCAAUGUAGCCACUCGAUACCCGCUUAUUUGAACGGCUAUUUGUUUUCAUGGUGCAUACUUGUAACGUGUCGUACUUCCGCAUUGCACCCUUCCGACCUCCCGACCCCUUGUCUUACGACUCUACUUCCCUACAAAAUACGUGUAACUGUGACGUAGGUAGUCGUUAACCGAAGUACCAUAGUCACAGAUACUUGUCUAGGGCAGUAUAAAACCACUCGCUGGGGCACUCUGGAGAUGGAGAAAGGCGCCAUUGCAACGGCUACUGCGGCAAGACAGGUCUGUUCGUCAUACUGUCAGGUCACCGUCUCGUGUGACAGCAGGAGUUUUCGUGUCGUUAUAACGUCGUGUCACCCAUAGGAAAACUCCGGUCGUAAAAAAGAUGCAGCACAAGCUGUCCUGAUUUUUUUUCUUCUGUAUCGUCUACUCUCUCUUUUUGGAAGCACUAUAGGAUACCGUAACAGUUGUUGUACUGUGACUGCCUUUCUAAUAUAGCUUAUAUUGGUACUCGCUUAUACGCGUCCCGUUGGUUAUCCAGGGUUGAAGGCCGCCCAGGAGCCUGUUCUUUUUUCUAGUAAACCAUCAAGCGGCAACCCCGAUCCCGUAGCCUUUCGUCCUCAUGUUUAUACAUAUAGACGUAUGGGAACGCAGUAAGUGCGCUGCUUGAAACCCUCUGAAUACAGCGGCAGGGGUGCGUGCUCGUUUGUUUGCAGUGGUAAGAGAUACGUUCGACGAGAUCGGCGGCUGCAAAUGCAAUCGGUCGCUUGGCUGAUAACACGUAUGCGAUAAAGAGUGCCUGUGUAAGUCUAGCUGAACGCUGUGGCUUGCUCUGUAGAGAACGUGCGAGAGGAUUUUUCGAGGCUUAGAAGAAGGCUGCGUCACCGUCGCUAGGAAACAAAUAUUGUGAAUGUGUACGUGGUCGUUAAGUAUAACCAAGCACUAAGCCUGGUACUCUCUUCGUUUAUUUUCGUAACGUGUACUUAUUGCCUAGGUGAGAAACUAAGGUUAUUUGACGGGCUACGCUGCUAUCUAUACUCUGCGUGCACGCUCGUGCUUUUAAGGUGAUGACCUAUUUGUUAAAGAGCUUUAGCGCAGUGACCGUUCCUUCUGAACAGGGCUACGUUCGUCAAACGUUAUCAGAUUACUAUUUAAAGGUGUCUUCGCUUCGUAGAACACCUUCAAAGGCACCUCACUCCCACUGAUUACAAUGUGAGAACAACUUCGACACCGGAAUUGACAAGCAAAUCUCUGUCGCAAAAGAUCAUCACGUCACACUAUGACGUCGCGACCGCGCUCACACCUCUCACCUCGCCAACGCGCACGCGACAAACGCGCUCAAUUAUCGCGGCUCUAAGCAAACGGCGGAGGUAUCUAUACUCUUGGUGUAACGCUCGCUCUCGACGUCACAGCGCGAUCCUCGAUUCCCAUCAUGCCUUGCGUUUCGCUUCAGCUUAAGCCGGCCUGCUCUACAAGCUCCGACUCGAUUACUAAGACAGUGCACUACUCGGCAUCACGAGUCUCAAACUAAGAGAGCGGCACGAAUUCGCUUGUAAAUAUAAGAACCGCUGGCAUUUUUUUAGGGCGUACAUGUUUGAAGAAUCUACCGAACUAUCUUGUGGACUCUGACUCCUACUUCUUGUAAAAAAAUGAUAAUGUUCCACUUUAUCCAGGUCACAAUCCUAGGCGUACCUGGAUACCUGGAUGCUUUAAAUUGUAUGUCACUAUCCGAACGUUGUAAAUGUAACCAGCGUGGGGCUUUUACUGUUUGAAGUGCGCGAUAUAGCGUUAUGCUAAGGUGCGAGGCAUGCCCUUCUGUUUGUGUCUUGUGUCGUGUGAAAAAAAAAAGCGAAGCCUGUAUCGCUGGUGAGUUAUCCACAGCACAGCUACACGUUUGUAUGUCGUGGCUAGUUCCAAAAAAGCAAGCUACAUUCCUCUGGCCAUUUCAUUAAGCACGUUGGUUUUUCGGAGAGCAGUGCACACAUUUUUGCCAUACUUGUAAACAAUUACGUGACGAUAUCAACGUGAAACAAACGAGAGUUGUAAUAGAAAUGGGUCAAUGGAUUCCAUCGAGCAAAGUGCACAGGAUUUUGAAUAUGGCCCUGCUGAGUCAUGUAAUUAGUGUGAUCCGCUUUAACGGCAUCGACUGUCAUGAGAGGUGCGCCGAUGUAAAGAAGUUAGAAUCAAACGGAAAGGCGACUACUUUUUUCUUCAGCUUCAGACCAACGCUCCAAGUCUGGUUAAGUUAAAAAGAUGCUCUCUGUGUGACGAAAUUAAGUCGUUCUUUGUAACUACGGCUUUAGGGUCAUACUACAAAAUUAGGUUGCCCAGGGCAAUAUCCAUAAUGCGAUGCCUGUUGCGUGAUGGACUUCCACGUUCUGUUUGUGUAAGAAGGCUGUGUCGCUUCGGUGUCUCGCGCUUUGCGACGUGUGGAACGGCGAAGCUAAUGUAUGGAAAUAACAGCGUACACGUACUAUACAUAUACAUAUAGAGCCUGCCCUCAGCGGAGUUCAUGUGCCAUUUUGUACCAAAUUUUUUAUAAGAAUUGUGCACAGUGCACCAUAGCAUGCUUCCCCUGCGUUCACUUGGGCACGGCGUUACCGUUGUCGACAAGAUUGCGUUUUUUAUUAAUGUAUAGCUUAAUUUAUUUGCAAUAAAAUGCGUUUGAGGGUAAUGCGUAGUUUACACAUGCCGUCGACUGUCCCUACAGUGACGUCAAGGCAUUAGCUAAAUUUCAAUAAAGAAAAAAAAUCAUACCUUAUAAACAUUUUUUAAAUAGACAAUUGUAGCAUGAACUUCACUGUGCCUAACUACCGACCAACUUUAGUUAUAGCUUUAUUUCGUUUAAUAACUACAGAAAGCCUGUAGAGGAGCUGAUCGAAAACGAUUGUUGCAUGCAGUGAUGCUGUCGCACGUUUGCUCGCUUUUAGCAUUCGAUGAAAGCAGCACGCGUAAGUGACGAGCGCGUUUAAUCGUUUAUGUUCCAUGGUAUGGAGUGUUGCUAAGAGACUUCUUUUGUGCUGGUUCACUGUCACCGAGAUUUGCUGCACUUUGAAAGUGAUAAGUGCGAAUGAAUGAAAACUGCCAAGAUACAAUAAAGCGCGUAAUAGAAGACGACGACAAUGCUUAUCAGGUUGAAGCUACUUGCACUCCCCGACAACCUAAUAUGCGACAUAUUCGCCCCAGCUUUGCAACUUAACAUCCCAACAGCGUGGUCUAGUCCGAACAUAAACGAAGGCAGUGAAGCUAUUCUUCGGUUACACCGCUGUUUUCGUUUUGCAACCUGCAUUCCUCCACUUUGGUUAAUCACUCCGGCUCUGUUGUGACGAUCGGGUCGUUGUUGAAUUUGAAGGCGUGCUAUGCAUUGUUUGCCAAAUUAAAUGUGUUGAUACACCACCAAUCUGCCUGUUUCUAAACAGGAAACUGUAUUUUGUAGACCCAAUAAACCAUAGGAAUUAAC